CCACACACCCACCCACGCAUGCCACCACCCUUUGACUCACACAUCUCUCCUCUCCUCCACCUACGCACCUUGCCACCUACUAACUAAGCCACUCGUAAACACUGCCAGCCAGUCGUACCGCCCGCCCAGACGCGCCACCUUAGCCUGUUCGGAGAAGUGCUGAACUCAUCUCUGUGACGUCAAGGCCUCCUGCAGGCACAACACCCUUCACUGACGACUCGAAAAAUUAGAACACAGUAUCUGAAACUACCAUGUAGAGGAUAUUAUGAGAAAUAAUGUGAAUUUAUAGGUAUCAUUUGAACAGUGGAUGGGACAUAUUACAGGUGUGGCAGUGUGAGUGGUGGUUGAGGUGGGUAGGGCCACCACGUCCUUGUGUCGAGCCCAGGAGUCUGGGUCUGUCUCUCCCAGGAGACGGACCAAGUUUUUUGCGCCUCUCUCUCCUCACACUCGCAUCUCGUGAUUGCUACCGCCAAUAUGUUCGACGUUUUUGGUACUAUCCGUCAGUUACUCAAAAUCGAUCAGAUCAGGAUCGAUAAUGUGAUCUUUUGUUUACAUUACAAAGCGACAAUGGUGAUUUUGGUGACGUUCAGUUUACUGGUGACGAACAAGCAGUAUUUUGGUGACCCGAUCGACUGCAUGGUGGACGCCAUAAACAGUCACACCAUCGACAUGUUUUGCUGGAUCCAGUCGACGUACACGAUACCGUCGUUGACUGGUGCCGUGGUGGGGGAGGAGGUGGCUCACCCAGGUGUCUCCAAUCACGAUGUUGUAAGGCUACCUGUCAUUAACGGAGACGACGGAGCCCGUGAGCAGUACGCCACCAAGCACCACAAGUACUACCAGUGGGUCACCCUCUUCCUCUUUAUCCAGGCUGGCAUGUUUUACUUCCCGCGGUUUCUGUGGAAGAGGAUGGAAGGUGGACGAGUUAAAGGCUUGGUCACUGAUCUUAACCUGGUUGCCGUGGCUCCUGAACUAAGAGAACAACGCAUGAAUUUCGCCGUCGAAUACUUUGGCCACUACUUCAACCAGCACAACAUCUACGCUUAUCAGUUCUUCACCUGUGAGGUCCUCAACUUCAUUAACGUGAUCGGGCAGAUGUAUUUAACAGACAGGUUCUUGGACAUCGGGUUCAUCAAUUAUGGACCGAGAGUGGCGCAGUAUUCCAUGGACUCAAGCAUCGGUCAUGACCCGAUGGACGAGAUCUUCCCUAAGGUGGCCAAGUGCACCUUCCACAAGUUUGGUCCUUCGGGAACCAUCAUGCGCCACGACGCUCUCUGUGUCCUGCCAGUCAACAUCCUCAACCAGAAGAUCUACACCUUCCUCUGGUUCUGGUUCGUGUUGUUGGCGAUCAUCUCCGCAUUUGGUCUUCUCUACCGCUUGGCCACCUUUGCCUCAGGUUUCCGCCAUCUCCUCCUCCGAAGUCGUUCCCGCCUGGCCUCCGUAGACAAGGUGGCGGCCAUCUCUCGUAGGUGCCUUAUAGGAGACUGGUUCAUUCUCAACUUGAUAGCCAAGAACAUGGACGCAUUUGCAUUCAGAGACUUCAUCAACGAUCUGACGGCUAAGUUAGUGGAGAAGGAGCACCUUUCAUAGCGUCCUGCGCCACCACACUCAUCCACCAAGGCGGCUACUGUAUGGUUGCUCUAGUAUAGAUGCUUCACCCACAAUGACUCCUACACAAUGAAAUUACCAAUGCUCCACCAUCAUGGCUGUAGUUACUGUACUAUGAGUUAUUAAGCAAUAUGUCACAUACUGUACAACAUGAA